UCUGAUACGACACGCUUUUUUGCUUGUCUCUCUGUGUCGUCGGGCCUCCUCUGUAUGUCGGUUAAAUUCUGUUUGUGUUUUUUUUUGUUGUGUAUCGAUAGACGCGCGUGUUCUGCAAAAGUAACCGUUACGCGUAUACAAAAAUCAUUGUUUUAGUACAAAAAUUUGAUAUUAAAAAUUAAAAAUUCAUCAAAAAAGUCUGAUAUUCUGAUAUUCAAAGUAAAAAAAAAGUAAAGAAGAAGUUAAAAAGCAAAGUGAAAACUAAUAAAUAACGAAAAAAUAAAGCAAAACCGGAUUCGAAUUAUUUAUUAAUAAUUUUUUUUUGUUCAAUAUUCAAUACAUUCCAUCAUUUCAUUUGAAACAACACGAAACUAUAACACAAUAUUCAAUAAUAAUAUACGACGAAGACGUGAAUAGUAAAUAAACAACUAUAUACAGAAAACACGCCAUGAAUGGAUAGCUCAUCAUAAAUAAAUAAAUAAAAUAUAAAAUAAAAGUAUCGAAUACGAAAACUGAAAUAUUUGCACAAACAACUUGUGGAUUAUUAUAAAAAGUGCUGUUUGUGUAUCAUCUUCAUUCCGAUCGAUUAUAUCGAAUAUUACCUGUUGUUGCUAAUAUCGAUUGUUUGUGGAUUCAAGAAUCGUAGUUCUUUGGAUGUUUCUAAUCAACGACUCAGGAAUAAAUUAACGUUGCAACAAAACAAGAAAUAAUACUUUAAGAGCCUUUGUGGAUUAUUAACUACCAAAGGAAGGAUUAAAUUUGUGCGAAUUGUGUGUUUACAGUUGCAAUUAUGUCAAUUUUCGAUAAUUGAUCAAUAAAUUUUGUAAAUAAAAGGAUACACGAUUUAGUUAGUUACUUAAUUAAAUUAAUUAGAGCAAUAUGGGAAAUUCAGGUUCGUCACAUCAUGAGCCACUGGGGCACUUUACGCGUGGCACAUAUGGAGAUGUUAGGCAUUCGAAAUCAGCUUCAUUCCGUCUCAGUAAGCGAUCGUCGCCACGUAAAAUGGAUCGACUGCGAAAAUCGUUCCGUGAUUCGUUUCGACGACGCAAAGAUCGUGUGCCAGAAGCGGCAAAGCCACACCAAUGGCAAGCUGAUGAACAGGCUGUGCGUUCGGCAACGUGUACGUUUUCCGUUAAAUAUUUGGGUUGUGUUGAGGUGUUCGAGUCACGGGGAAUGCAAGUCUGUGAGGAGGCCUUGAAAGUGUUGAGAAAUUCUCGAAGACGUCCUGUUCGAGCGACAUUACACGUGAGCGGCGACGGAUUGCGUGUCGUUGACGAAGACACAAAGGGACUCAUUGUCGACCAAACAAUCGAAAAAGUGAGUUUUUGCGCGCCCGAUCGCAACCACGAACGAGGCUUCAGCUACAUUUGUCGCGACGGCACCACCCGCCGAUGGAUGUGUCACGGCUUCUUGUCAAGCAAGGAUUCGGGCGAGCGUUUAUCGCACGCUGUUGGCUGUGCAUUCGCUGUGUGUCUGGAACGCAAGCAGCGACGCGACAAAGAAUGCGGCGUCACAAUGGCAUUCGACAUGCAAACAUCGACUUUCACGCGAACCGGCUCGUUCCGCCAACAAAGUCUCACAGAGCGUUUAGACAACAACAACGGGAACAUGGCAAUUGUAGCGCCGACACCGAAACCCGCGAACCCCUUUGCCAUCGAAAGACCGCAUGCAGCGCCCCAUUUGCUCGAACGGCAAGGCAGUUUCCGCGGCUUCGAACAAAUCAAUGCUCAGUCUCCGUUCAAGCGGCAAAUGUCACUUCGAAUAACCGAUCUUCCGUCCAACACUGAACGGCACAAGCAAUUCCUCGACUUGACGACGCCCAAAAGAUCGACAGUGUCGCCGAUACCGGAAGUGUCGCCGCAACCUGUGUCGCAACUCGAUACCGUGAGCGCCCUCUGUCAAGAACUAAGUCAGGGAUUGUCGCUUUUGACACGCAGUGAUACGGACGACUUGAUUUUCAACACGAACCACGUGACGGAAACGCUGAAACAAGUUGCCGCUACGUCAGCAGUUCACGCAUUAAAUCCCGUGCCAGCGACAGUCGCCAGUCCCCUGAGCCCGCUCGAGACACCGAUGAGCGUUUUUGCUUCCGAUACGAUUUCGACGACAAAAGUCGCCACUGUCUCGCCUGUCGCAAUAUCGCCAAUCAAGUCGCCAUUAGCAUCGAUAUUGUCGUCAACGGCGACAACCUCAACGAAUCCGAUCACUUCGAGUGUCGUCACAACAACAACAACGUCGCCAACAAAUGGCGUGCCAGCUGUAACAAAAGUCAUUCCAGUUGAGUCAGUUGCUCCGCUUCCGAAGCCCGAUCAGUGGUUGGAACAAAUUGCGAAAAGUACGGUGACGCCCCCUAAACGACCUCCGUCGCUGUCAGUUUCGGGACGCGCUCGUAGUAUGAGCGCCGCCUCAGAUCCCUUCGACUCUGAAUGGGUAGCGCCGAUCGCGAAAACGGAUGUUCGCAGUACGAAUCCCUUCAUUUCGCCCCCGAAAGCGCCCGUGCAAACGUUUCAAGUGCAACUAUAAGCUAAGAAAUGAUAUAGAUAACUUUUAAAAAAUAAAUCGGAGACAGAUGUUGUUGAUCAAUAAAUUAGCGAAGAAAUUGUUAAUAAAAUUGAAAAAAAAAUGAUGAUGAUAGUUACUUAAAAAAUAAAAUAAAAAGAAAUUAAAUAGUGCUUAAUAUAAAAAAAAUAAAUAAAAAUUAUUAUUAUUAAUUAAUUAAAAAUAAAAAUGCAAAAAAAAAAUUAUUAAAAAAAAAA